GGGGAGGGAAACGAGCACACCAGAUAAAACGCCAGGUUUUGGAGACCUUUGGUAAUGUUCCGGCUGAGACGGGCACCAGGACAAAUUCAAAGCGCUUGUUCUCUCCUUCCUCUCAGAUCUGUGCGCAUGCAGCCUUGGCUUAACCGCAGCAUUUUCCCUCAGUCACGCUCCAAUUCGCAUCGAGCUUUGUUUGUCGGUACUGCCGGGGGAAUCAGUUGCAGUACCUCUACCAUCAUGUCUCUUGCUUAUAUCUGGCGACGCUAAAGGAUCUUCUUUACUGUUUAUUGUGUACAUGUUGGUUUAUCCCCUAUGGCGGCAAGGUCGGUCGUGGCGAUGUGGCGAUGUCUUGGAAUAUCGAACAGGCCCUGCUACAUGGAUGUGAUCCGACGACAGAAAUUAUUGAAAAAUGACGACGGGCUUUUACUUCCAUUCCUUCCAGCUCGCGCGUCACAAAAUCAGUUCAUAAUUCUUUCGACGUGCAGAACUCGUGGGCAAGAGCAGGGUGAAAAAGGCCCGUGUACGACAAGAACAAUACGCGCCAAAUGUGGCAAUUCGUCGAAAGCUGCUCCGAGAUGUUUUAAUGGCUUUAUAAAUAAGCAUUUUGUCUAUAGUAUCCAGCGCGUUAUUAAAGUCUGAGAC